AUGAUAUGGCUGGUAGCCUGCUGUGCUGGCCAACAGAAUCUGGGCUAUGGCCGCAUUUCGCCUCGUCAGGCCAAGGGCGAGCAAAUCUUAAGGCACAUGAAUCUCAAUGUCAAUCCUUGUGAUGAUUUCUAUGAAUUUGCCUGUGGCAAUUGGAAUACCUACAACUCGGCUGCCAAGCUUAAUAAAUCCGCCACAGGUUUGUUCCACAGCUUGCGUGAGGAACGAGAUCAAAAGAUCUUACAUUUGCUGCCCCUCGAUGAGCCCCAGGAUACCAGUGCGGAUCGCAAGGUGAAACAUUUCUACAGAUCCUGCAUGAAUUUGCCUGCCUUCAAACAAUUCUACACUGCCAAGUUGAUAGCCAUAAUGUCGGAGUUUGGUCAAAUGCCCGCCUUGGCUGGGGCUGCCUGGCGAGAGGACCAAUUCGAUUGGCAGCAGACCAUAGCGGCCAUUGCCAAUAGGUAUGGCAUCAUAAUCAUCACAGGCACCGAGGUGAGUGUGGAUUUUUCCGACAAUAGUGUCAAUCGUUUGUAUGUCAGUGAGCAGCAAUUGACCCUGGAGUCGCGUUCCAUUUACCUAGAGCCCAAAAAUAAGAAUUUCGUACAGGGCUACAUAAACUCGGUGGCCACCAAGUUGUAUCUGUUUUUGGGCAUCGACAUCAAUGUGGCCCGCCAAACGGCUGCCGAAAUUGUCCACUUCGAAACGCAAUUGGCCGCUGGCACUCAUGAUCCCCAAAGUCUGCUCAAGCUAACGGAUCUGUAUAAGCUCAGCACCUUCGAUGAGGUACAACGCCAGAGCUAUCCCUACAUUGAUCUCAAGAGAAUAGCCCAAGUCUCCCUGGGCACUUUGCCCAACUACCAUGUCUACUACAAUGUCAACUAUCUGAGUAAUUUGAUCAAAACCCUGCAGCGCACCACCAAGCGUGUAGUGGCCAAUUAUAUUUUCUAUCAACUGCUGAACAAAUUCAUGAUUGUCAUACCGGAGAAUCAGCAGGGCCUGCAGGAUAUGUGCCUGAAACAAAUGAAGGGCUACUUUUCCAAGAACUUCGAUAACAUGCUCUAUCGGCGUUACAACAACGAACAGACCGAGGUGGGGGUGAAUCUGAUGUGGCAGGACAUUAAGGCAGCCUUCAUCGAGGCCAUGCAGUCUCCCCAUCAAUACAAUUGGAUUAGAGAGGACACUCGCCGUUAUGCUGUCGAAAAGGUGCGCCACAUGAAAAUGGAAAUUGUCUCCUAUAAGAAUACCAAUUUUGAAGCCUAUUUCCAUCAAAUGAGGGUGGAUGGUGCUGAUUAUGUGGAAAAUAUACGUUCCUUGCAUAUCAUGGGGGCACAGCAGAGAAGAGCUGCCAUCUAUAGUCCCCCCCAGCCCAUAGAUUUGAGUGAGAAGAUAGCCACCACCCCGGUCAAUGUGUUAAUAGAGAAUGCUGUUAAAGUUCCCAUUUCCAUAUUGCAGCCCCACUAUGCCUGGGAUGCCUCAUUUGCGAAUGCCUUUAAUUUUGGCAUUUUGGGAGCCCUCUUAUCGCAUGAGCUCAUACAUGGCCUGGAUAUACAUGGGCGCCAUCAUGAUAUAAAUGGCAACAGUUUGGAUUGGUGGGAUCCCAAUUCCAUGGCAGAUUUCGAUAGACGCUCGCAUUGCUUUAACAAACAGUAUCAGAAUUUCAUUUUCCAAGGUCAACAUUUACCCGAUAUGCCUGCCCAGGGUGAGAAUAUAGCCGACAAUGGUGGCGUUCGCUUGGCCUAUGCUGCCUAUUUGAAAUGGUACUACAAUGCCAUGGCAAGCAAUCCCCAGAGGGUUAAUGAAUUUAUGCCUCCUGUGAAUUUUGGUGGUCGCAAGCUUUUCUUCAUAAGCUAUGCCCAGCUGUGGUGUAAUGAUAUUACGCCCAGUUUCAGGCGUUAUCUAGCCUCCGUUGAUAAUCAUGUGCCGGAUAGAUUUAGGGUUAUUGGUCCUCUAUCGAAUUUUGAUGAAUUUUCAAAACUUUUCCAAUGUCCUAGGGGUAGUGGCAUGAAUCCCCACAAGAAAUGUGAGAUUUAUUAG